UCUUUGUUAAACUAAACCCUGACUUUUGUUUUCUUCUCUCUUUCUCCGGUUCCAUUUUCGAUUCCUCGAUCCUUCCCUUCGAUUUCGCGGGUCUUCUUCAGCAGAGAAGAACUGAUCCACAAGGAAGAAAGCUGCGUGAAUCUUGUUUGAUUCAUGCAAAAGACGGAAGAAAAUCACUGCUGCUGAGUGCUUUAAUUUUCAAAGCGAAUUCAAGAACUGGUUGAUCUGUUCCACAGCAGGAACAUACUAUGCAAAUAGCUUGUCAACCCCAUCCACUAGUUUACUUCUCAAUCAGAAAAAGCUCUAAAAGACAAAGUGGAUGGAAGAAUAUACAAAACUUGCAUUCAAGCAACUUGGUUAAACUUGUAUUUGUGGAACCUCAGACUCGUAAAUUUGCUAUGCCUUUGUGCAAAAACAGAUUGAAUGCUACCCCAAAUGCAGAAGAUGGGCACCCUUCUGCCUCAAUGUCAGAAGACAUCAAUUCAAAUCCGGUGCUUAAUUCUAUAGAAGGAGAGUUGUGGAGUAAAUGGUCGCCACCAAAGUAUCUAUGGAGAGGGCUAUCAGUUCUUUUUCUGGCUGGGCAGGUCAUUAUGAGGACUUUAAAGGGUAAAGUCCAUUGGAAAAAUACUCUUCAACAGCUAGAGAGAGUAGGACCAAGAUCUGUAGGGGUUUGCCUUCUAACAUCUGCGUUUGUUGGCAUGGCCUUUACUAUCCAAUUUGUUAGAGAAUUUACUAGAUUAGGAUUGAACAGAUCUGUUGGUGGUGUAUUAGCACUGGCAUUCUCAAGGGAGCUGAGUCCUGUGAUCACGUCGAUUGUGGUUGCAGGACGAAUCGGUAGUUCGUAUGCUGCAGAAUUAGGAACAAUGCAAGUCUCUGAGCAAACAGACACGCUAAGAGUCUUGGGAUCGAACCCUGUCGAUUAUCUCGUCACGCCAAGAGUUAUAGCAUCCUGCAUUGCUCUUCCAAUUCUAACUCUAAUGUGUUUCACAGUUGGGAUGGCAUCAAGUGCCCUUUUGGCUGACAGCGUUUAUGGUGUUAGUAUCGACAUUAUCUUUGAUUCAGCUCUGAGAGCUCUAAAGUCGUGGGAUAUUAUCAGCUCGAUGAUCAAAUCGCAGGUUUUCGGAGCUAUCAUAUCGAUUGUAAGCUGUGCCUGGGGUAUUACGACUUCUGGGGGCGCUAAGGGAGUCGGGGAGUCCACAACUUCGGCCGUAGUCAUCUCUCUUGUAGGCAUAUUUAUUGCUGAUUUCACCCUUUCUUGUUUCUUCUUCCAGGGAGCUGGAGAUUCCCUGAAGAACUGUAUGUAAACUCAUUGAGCACUCUCAUACUUCAGAAUUUGAAGUUAAUUUGUAGCUUGGUAUUUGCUUUAAACUUCUAGAUUUCCCU